AUGACGAGCAAGCUGCCGCCGCCACCGGAGAAGCAGCCGCCUCUGGGCGACCUGCCCGCGGGGGUCCCGUACGAGGCCAUCCUCACCGCGGUGGGUACCCUGGCGGAGCAGUCCCCGUCGGCGGGCGGCGGGGUUUCCGCCACGGGGGCGGUGAACGUGAUCCAGGGGAGGGUGGACGAGAACCCCGAGGCCGGCUUCUUCGGCUUCCUGUCCGUCGAGAACCUCAACGUCCCGCUCGUGUCGACGUCCCGGUCCUCGCGCGUCGGCCCGGGCGUCUACCGCGUGUGCAUCCCGGGCAAGGAGUUCCUGCUCACGCUGGACCAGCGCACGGAGCCCCCGAUUGUCGAGGGCAUGGAGAACGUCCUGCGGUGGUUCACGGCCUUUGAGGGAGACGAGAUGCCCCGCGGCGUCACGCCCGCAGGUGUCAAGGCCACCGGCGUCAAGGGCGUGAUCGAGAGCGCAGGCGUGGCCGGAGCGGCGAUGAUCAUGCGGGUGGGCGAGGCGCUGAACGCGAGCAUCAAGGAGCGGACCGAGGCCAAGCUCGCGGCGCAGGCCGACCAGCCGGCGAAGAAGGUCAAGCUGGGCGGGGCGGUGACCGCCACCACGCUGACCGGGGCGCGCAAGGUCGUUGGCGCCGGCGCCGGCGUCGCCGCGGCCGUCAUCGACAAGGUGUCCACAGUGGCCGGAAACGCCGUGGCAAACAGCAGCAUUGUGGCGAACUCGCGAGGCGCUCCCGCGGGUUCCACGAGACGCGAGGCCCACGACAUGCUCGUCACCGGGGCGGUGGCGCUCGGCCGAGUCUGGGAGGCGGCAGACGGCCAGGGCAAGCUGCUGCUGGAGUCGACUGGCGACGGUAUGGGACGGAUCGCGGGAGCCAAGUACGGGUCGGAGGCGGAGCACGCGGCGAGGUCGGCCGGCCAGAUCGGGUUGGACGGGUGGCGCAUCUUCCGGUUCCCGACGAAGCUAGGGGUGACGACGCUCGUCAAGGGCGCCGUCAAGGGCGCUACCGCCGCCGGCUCGCAGUCCUCCUCGACGAGCAAUGUUGGGGGGUAUGUCGCUCAGCCUGCACCGCCGAACCCCUCCAGUAGCUAGGAACCUGGGGGGAGAAAAAUUGCGACGUGCCUUGGAAGAUUACCGGGGUAUCUUUUCUUCAGUGCUUGUACCGUCGAAGACUUCCGGGGGCAUGCUUCGGCCAGUUCCCGUCGGCUUCCAAUCGAUACAAUAGCUGCAACGCGUGGCUGCUGGAGUCGACUUCGGCUGGGCGGUAGUUAAUUGCGUCCCUAAGAAACAAGGCGAACAAGGCGAACAUGCGGUGCUCGUUCGAAGUUUAAGAUGGCCGCUGGUCUUGCCCUACACAACAGUAUCAACAGUAGAAGUAGUGUUUAUUGAAUGGGUGAUAGAUUUAUUGUUUCGAUGUCUUUCUAGCGAGAGGAGGCGAUAGCAAGGAACGUAAAUGCUACGAUUGUAAUCGUGCUGGAUAUCCAGUCAAUGUAUUAGGUGACCUCUAGAAUGCUUGGGAGCCGGGGGCUUGCGAAGCGAGAUUCUUGGAAGUGUCAACUUUGUUUGCCUGUUCUGUGCGAAAGCAUUCGCGCUGGGUAUCCGCGGCUGGCAGCAAGUUGUGCACUGGUCGUAGUAACGUUUUUUUGUCGAGGGGAACGAUUGUGAGGCCUUCAAGUGUACGUUUUGUGUUUCCACUUGCCUGUGGUCUAACCAAUGUCCGAUUUUGUUGAGGUAAGAGUGCUUGUUCCGAAGUUCAAAGACGCCGUUGGAAGCCAUGGCUUCCGUCGCCGCCGGACGCCAAGAAGCUUUGUUUCCUUGUUUCGUUGUCCUCGAUACGCCGAAAUAUCUUACGUGAUUUGUACGCAUCACUUGCCUGCCUGCUUUGUCCUUUGAACCGGUUACGUCUAAACCGUCGUCGCCAGAAACGUGAACGGGCACGUCGCCGGGCAUGGGCCGUGGUAUGCCUGGCACUAGGGUGUACCGACA